UAUACAUUAUUACUGCCUUUUUUUUCUAUUUUUUCGUUUACCUAUGUGCCAUGUACAUAAUCUAUGGAUCAACUGUCAAUUCUGACGACAUUUGACAGUUUUUAAGUUUUCUUCUUUUGUAAAUUUGUGAUCAUGGCGCGUGUUCCACCGGCUGCGCUUCCCAAAAGAGAUAAGAAGGAGAAAAAGGUCCCAAAAGACAAUUCCAAAAAUGUUAUGCGCAAUCUGCACAUCAGAAAACUGUGCUUGAAUAUCUGUGUUGGAGAAUCUGGUGACAGACUUACACGUGCAGCAAAGGUGUUGGAACAACUGACUGGUCAACAGCCUGUUUUUUCAAAAGCUCGAUACACUGUGCGAUCCUUUGGUAUCCGCCGUAAUGAAAAGAUUGCUGUACAUUGUACAGUACGUGGGGCUAAAGCAGAAGAAAUCUUAGAAAGAGGUUUAAAAGUCCGGGAAUAUGAAUUGAGGCGUGACAAUUUCUCAGCCACAGGCAACUUUGGCUUUGGUAUUCAAGAACACAUUGACUUGGGUAUCAAGUAUGACCCCUCCAUUGGUAUCUAUGGUCUGGACUUCUAUGUUGUACUUGGCAGGCCAGGAUUCAAUGUAGCACAUAGGAGAAGAAAGACAGGCAAAGUUGGUUUCCCUCACCGUCUCACUAAAGAAGAUGCCAUGAAGUGGUUCCAGCAGAAGUAUGAUGGUAUCAUCCUUAACAGCAAAGCAAAGUAAUCCAUAAGUUAAUAUAAAUUUUAAAAGGAGA